AUGCGAUUAAUUGAUGAGCAGAAAUCACCAGAGGAAGAAAUGAGCUUUGGUGCAGCAUGCAUUUUCUUGCGAGGAGGCAAGAACAUUUCAAGAGAGCUGGCUGAGGAUGAAAUUGAUGAGCUUCGAGAUGCGUUCAAUGAAUUUGACAAAGACAAGGAUGGUCUAAUCAGCUGUAAGGAUCUGGGGAACCUGAUGAGAACAAUGGGAUACAUGCCCACUGAGAUGGAGCUGAUCGAACUCAGCCAGAACAUCAACAUGAACCUUGGAGGUAGUGUCGACUUUGAGGACUUUGUAGAACUGAUGGCCCCGAAGCUCCUGGCAGAGACCGCCGGGAUGAUUGGUGUGAAGGAGCUGAAAGACGCAUUUAAAGAGUUCGACAUGGACGGCGACGGAGAGAUCACAACAGAGGAGUUGCGGGCAGCUAUGAACAAGCUGAUGGGAGAGCACAUGAGUCGCAGGGAGAUCGACGCCAUCGUGAAAGAGGCAGAUGAUAAUGGAGAUGGGACUGUAGAUUUUGAAGAGUUUGUCAGAAUGAUGUCUGGCCAGUGAGCUUCAACAACUGGAAGAAGAUUUCACUUUACGAUGAACCUGCACUAACGGCGACUUUGAAGAUCUCUC